AUGGCCAUGUGCAAAUGGGGGUUCCCCUUGGACAAGAUUGAUUUACGAAUGAUGGUAGCUGCAUAUCUUACCAAGCAAAAGAGGGUCAUACAUCAAUUCAAGAAUAAUAUACCAGGAGACGACUGGGCUAGUAACUUCAUGAAAAGAUGGAAACUGACGCAUAGAGUUGCAACAAACAUACGACGGAAAAGAGUGAAACUGGCAAGGACAGAACUUGAAACCUAUUUCAACAACAUCAAGGAGGUGGAAGGAGUUCCUGCAACAAACAUUUGGAACUACGAUGAGCACAACAUCGCAUUUAUAUGCCUAUUUCCUAAUGGUACACAUCUAUUGCAGCCACUGGAUGUGGCUUACUUUGCUCCACUGAAGAAAGCAUGGAGAGCAUUGCUGUUUGAUUGGAGAAAAACGGCUAUUGGACAUCAAUAUGGCACUUUAGCAAAAGAACAGUUUGCAGGGCUGCUGAGAAAGCUAAUUAAGAAGUUAAGCGAAGGCAAUAGCAAGCAGAAUUUGGUUAACCGCUUUAAGGCUUGCGGAAUUCACCCAUUCAACCCAGAGGAGGUUUAUCGCAAACUGCCAAGUGAAAACAACAUGAGUCCUAGUAAAGCACUUGAUCAAAGUCUAUUGGACACACUUGCCAAUAUGCAAGGUGAAGAUGCAGAGACAUGUCCAACCAGGCAAGUCCAUAUCAGAAAACCUUUCCUCUGAAAGUGAUGAAUCUGAUGAAGAAAGGGAAGAGGACUGCAAAACAGAAGAAGAAUCUGAGUCCCAGCCUGAAACAGAUGAAGAAACCCAGUCGGAGGGCGAGUCUGAUACUGAUACUCCAACCAAGUCAAUUUCGCAAAAGGAAAAGUUAUUACAAACAUUGUCGGAGGUGAACAAGUCACUGGAUGAUUACAAGAAAGGUCGCCUGUAUGCUGUGUACUAUGGUCAAAAAUAUUAUUGA